UCCGUUUCAGUCGUUUAAUUGUCAAGUAGAAAAAGUGGAUCGACAGAUUUUAACAGCUGAUAUUUGCUGAAAAUGGCAUUUGUGGUAUUGAUACAUUCUAAAUAUUUAACCUAGCUGUUAAAAUCCGUCCAGCUUUGUAAAUUUUCAACUUACAAUUUUUAAAAAUGCCUGGAACUAGUCUUGUGGUUCCAGUAGUGUUAUGGGGAAAGCAUGCUCCAACACAUUGUAUUUCCUGUAUCUACUUAUCUAAAGAUCAGAAAACAUUGGCAACUGGCUGUUAUGAUGGACAGAUAUGUCUUUGGCAAGUGGACCCAGACACCUUGGAAAUCAUACCCAGAUGUUUAUUGGUGGGACAUUCUGCACCAGUUUUGUGCAUUUCUAAAGCAUCUAUAAUUCAAGAUAAUAACUUUAUAGUGUCUAGUUCUGAGGCAGGGGAAAUGUGUACCUGGGAUUUAAUAGAUGGGAAAUGCAGAGAGUUAGUUAAACUAUCUCAAGUUCACACUAACAUUCAGGUUUAUUAUUAAAAUAUUUUUUACUAUUACUGUUAGUUAUUUAUAUCCAAAUAAUUUACGGAAUGUGGAUUUGUGCAAUAAUCAUUUGUUAAAAACAAACAGGUUGCUGUUAUUGUGCACAUUUUGAU